AUGAACUCACACCUGAUACGCAGUCGCGCUGGCGAGAGGAUAAGGAACGGCGUGUGCGUCGCUAUUGUAGGCCCCCCGAAUGCUGGUAAAAGCAGUCUGCUCAACGCGAUAUGUCAACGACAGGCAGCCAUCGUCUCUCCAAUUCCGGGAACAACGCGAGACUCGAUCGAAGUUUAUCUGCGCUUGGGCGACUAUCCGGUGACUAUCAUCGACACUGCCGGCAUCCGAGAGACAUGCGACGUUAUCGAGGAACAAGGAGUUCUUAGAUCGAGGCAGAGGGCUCAAACAGCAGAUAUACUUAUCGCCGUCUUUGAUGCAACCGACCCGUCUUUCCGAGAUAUCGACGCAACGACGUCUGUAGUGAACGCGUUUUUAAAUGAUCUGCAACUCGUACCUGCCGAGAAUGAGGUCGAACUUCCGGCGAUAUUGCUCGUCUUUAACAAAUGCGAUCUCCUUCCUGCCCAGGUGUUGGCGGCGACCAGCGAGUACCAGUGGCGAAGUACUCGGCUGCGUGUCAUUCAGUCAUCAUGUCUUACCACAGAAGGUACCGAGGCCGUAGUAAAGUCUGUGACAGCAGUUGCCAAAUCCAUGUGUGAUAAAUGUUUCACUGCUCCGAUGCCUUGCUUCACCAACCAUCGCCAUAGGAGGCUAGUUGAAUCUAUGGUCGAAGAUAUUACUGCAGGUUUGCAGUGCGAAGACGUCGUCAUCAAAACCGAAAAGCUGAAAAGUGCGCUGUACAAUAUAGGAAAACUGUCUGGCAAAGUGUCGGUCGACGAAAUCUUAGAUAAGAUAUUUUCUCGGUUUUGUAUCGGCAAAUGA